AUGACGCGUGUCACAAUCAAUGGUCAAGAGUUCGAAGCGCUGAUCGACACUGGUAGCUCUCAGAGUUUCAUCCGUACCCGGGUCGCAGAGGACGUUCACCUGAACAUCGAACCCGCACAUGGUACUGUGUGCAUGGCCUCCACACAGCAUCAUGUCAAGGUGGCGGGGCAGUGUAGGGUGAGACUACGGGUUCAAGAUGAAUCAUAUGAUGACUACCUGUUCUCUGUCAUGGACGAUCUGUGUGCACCUGUGCUACUCGGUCAUGACUUUCUCAAGGCACACGAAAGCGUGUCCCUGACGUUCGGUGGCUCUCGAUCCUCGCUCAGCCUGUGCUGUCUGACUCCCGCAGUGGUAACGCCACCAUCCUUGUUCGGUAACUUGACGGAGGACUGUCACCCUAUCCAGGCCAAGUCACGCCGCUACAGCGCCUCCGAAGUGAAGUUCAUCGAGGGUGAGGUCGAUCGUCUCCUAAAGGAAGGCAUCAUCUCUCCCAGCACCAGCCCAUGGCGUGCUCAAGUUCUUGUGGUUGCAUCUCCUAGCGGGAAACGUCGGAUGGUUGUGGACUACGCCCAGACCAUCAAUCGCUUCACGGAGCUGAAUGCUUACCCGCUGCCAAGAAUCAACGAACAGGUUGAAAAGAUCGCUCAAUACUCCUACUUCAGCACGAUAGACCUGACCAGUGCCUAUCACCAGAUCCCCAUCGAUCCUGAAGAUCGCAAGUACACAGCUUUCGAAGCUGAUGGAAGACUCUUCGAAUUCCUUCGUAUCCCGUUCGGGGUCACUAAUGGGGUCGCCUGUUUUCAGCAGAUCCUCGACGAUGUCAUCCGAGCUGAGAACCUGCGCGACACAUUUGCAUACGUCGACGACGUGACCAUCUGUGGUCGCACCAGAGAAGAACAUGACAGGAACCUGGAGCGCUUCAUCGACGCUGCAAAGAAGUUCUCGCUGACGAUCAAUCAAGAGAAGAGUCAGUAUGGCAAGACAUCCGUCAGGAUCCUGGGGCAUGUGGUGGAGAACCGGACGAUUCGACCUGAUCCAGAGCGACUUCGAGCCUUGAUGGAGCUGCCGGUGCCCGAGGACGCGAAGGCACUGAAGCGAGCUGUAGGCAUGCUCUCACACUACUCCAAGUGGGUGUCGUCCUUCUCCGAGAAGCUCCGGCCGCUGAUCGACGGCGACUGCUUUCCCCUGUCGCCUGACGCGGUCGCGGCGUACCAGCGGUUGAAGGAAGACAUCGGUGCUGCUACCAUGUCAGCGAUUGACGACUACGCUACCUUUGUGGUAGAGACGGACGCGUCUGAUAAUGCGAUCGCAGCCACUCUUACUCAGAACGACAAGCCGGUCGCCUUCUUCUCGCGAACGUUAAACCCAUCAGAACGCAAACAGGCAUCCGUUGAGAAGGAGGCUGCAGCCAUAGUCGAGUCAAUUCGAAAGUGGCGGCAUCUUCUGAUUGGACGCCACUUCAAGCUCAUCACAGAUCAACGCUCGGUCUCCUUCAUGUUCGACCGCGCGAGCAAAGGACGCAUCAAGAACGACAAGAUACUGCGUUGGCGUCUCGAGCUGGCGUGCAUGAGCUUUGAGAUCGUGUAUCGUCCGGGGAAGUUCAACACAGUUCCCGACAUGCUAUCCAGGGCUGUCUGUGGCGCAACCGCCACGGACACUGAAGAUCUCAUCCGAUCUCUCCAUGGACAACUCUGCCACCCUGGUGUAACGCGGUUGUGGCACUACCUCCGGUCGCGGAAUGUGGCUUGUUCGGUGGAUGAUGUAAGGCGAGUCGUAACGCAGUGUAGAACCUGUGCACAGCACAAACCACGAUUCGUCCAUACCUCUAACACGCUUGUGAAAGCGACUAGGGUGUUUGAGCGAUUGAGCGUUGACUUCAAGGGUCCCCUGCCAUCAAACACUCAAAGAGCGUACAUGUUUGUCGUGGUAGAUGAAUUCUCUCGCUUCCCGUUCGCUUUUCCUACUGCCGAUACGUCUGCGGAUUCGGCGAUACAGUGUAUGAUGUCUCUGUUCACUAUGUUUGGCACACCGGAGUUUGUACAUUCCGAUCAGGGCACCGCCUUCACGUCCUCUCGAUUUAAGCAGUUUCUCCUACAGAACAGCAUCGCCCAGAGCUUCUGUUCGGCAUACAACGCCCCAGGCAACGGUCAAACCGAGCGUUACAACGGCAUCAUCUGGAAGUCUGUGUGCAUGGCCUGUCACUCUGACAGCAUCGACUUGAAAAACUGGGAAACCGUCCUCCCCCGGGCUCUGCACAGCGUUCGUUCGUUGCUAUGCACAGCCACGAACCAGACGCCUCAUGAACGAUUCUUCAAACAUCCUCGAAGGUCAAUCAAUGGUCAAGCUCUCCCUUCUUGGCUGGUGACAUCAGACAGGGUACUGCUCCGUCGGUUCAACCGCGCCAGCAAGUACGAGCCUCUGGUGGAUGAGGUCGAUCUUCUGCACGUUACUCCCACGUACGCCAAGGUCCGACUGCCGAGUGGUCGUGAGCCGACCGUCUCUAUCCGUCAUCUCUCGCCCAUGGGAGGUGAGAGCGCUGGGGAGCACUGCCAGAUGGGUGAUCAUCGAUCGAGUGAGACAGACGUGCCUCCUAUUGACUCGCCCUGUGACCCUGUGUGUCCCGCUGAGCGUGGCGACUCGUCUGAUGCUGUGUCCGUCUCUGCACCGGAUGUUCAUGAUGUACCUCCCGAGAUCUCGCCUGACUGUCCUGAUACCACUGUAACGAAUUUGGAUCGGCCUCUGCGAAGGUCAACCAGGGUGAAGCAGGUGCCUGUUCGAUUAAUGGACUAUCAGAUGUGUAAGCCGUGA